CUAAAAGUUAAAAGAAAUUGGUAAUUAGAAGUUGUGACUUGUUCAAGUUAGAGUUUAAGCGAGUCAAAGUUAACUCAACUUGUAAUUAGCCACAGACUGCUGAGCUGUCAAAAUGGGUUCAUUAUUCCGUAGCGAGGAGAUGGCGCUCUGUCAGCUCUUCCUACAGAGCGAAGCGGCCUAUGCCUGCGUCUCGGAGCUCGGCGAGCUGGGCCUGGUCCAGUUUCGUGAUCUCAACCCGGACGUGAAUGCAUUCCAACGUAAAUUUGUGAAUGAGGUGCGCCGUUGCGAUGAGAUGGAGCGCAAAUUGCGCUACUUGGAGAAGGAGAUCAAAAAGGAUGGCAUACCCAUGCUGGACACCGGCGAGAGUCCAGAAGCACCGCAGCCACGCGAAAUGAUUGACUUGGAGGCCACCUUUGAGAAACUGGAGAACGAGCUGCGUGAGGUCAAUCAAAAUGCGGAAGCAUUGAAACGCAACUUCCUGGAGCUGACCGAGCUGAAGCAUAUACUGCGCAAGACGCAGGUCUUCUUCGAUGAGCAGGAGGGCGGCCUGAACCACACCACCGAGUCGAUGACGCGCGCCCUCAUCACCGAUGAGGUGCGCACCGCCGGUGCAUCCAUGGGUCCCGUACAGCUUGGACGCUGCGCUUAUGUCACACAACGAAUCCGAAUCCGCAUCAAAUGUGCCACCAACACAUCAAAUGAUCCAACACCAAACAUUAUCGAUGUCGGGCUUAUAUAUUUUGGAGUCUCCCUCUUAAACCCUUUUUUUAUGGAAAAAUCGAUUGAUCGUGAGGAUUAUCUGCCCUGCUUUGUGGCCGGCGUCAUUUUGCGGGAGAAGCUGCCCGCCUUUGAGCGCAUGCUGUGGCGCGCCUGCCGCGGCAACGUAUUUCUGCGCCAGGCCAUGAUUGAGUCGCCUCUGGAAGAUCCCACCAAUGGCGAUCAGGUGUACAAGUCGGUGUUCAUCAUCUUCUUUCAAGGCGAUCAGCUAAAAACGCGCGUGAAGAAGAUCUGCGAGGGCUUCCGCGCAACGCUCUAUCCUUGCCCCGAGGCGCCAGCCGAUCGUCGUGAAAUGGCCAUGGGUGUCAUGACACGCAUUGAGGAUCUGAAUACGGUGCUCGGCCAGACGCAGGAUCAUCGUCAUCGUGUCCUGGUCGCAGCAGCCAAGAAUCUGAAAAACUGGUUCGUCAAGGUGCGCAAAAUUAAGGCCAUUUAUCAUACGCUGAAUCUCUUCAAUCUGGACGUGACUCAGAAGUGUCUGAUUGCUGAAUGUUGGGUGCCGCUGCUCGACAUUGAGACCAUUCAGCUGGCGCUGCGACGUGGCACUGAGCGUUCGGGUUCAUCAGUGCCGCCAAUACUGAAUCGGAUGCAAACCUUCGAGAAUCCGCCCACCUAUAAUCGCACCAAUAAGUUUACCAAAGCCUUUCAGGCGCUAAUCGAUGCAUACGGUGUGGCCAGCUAUCGGGAAAUGAAUCCGGCGCCCUAUACCAUCAUCACCUUUCCAUUUCUGUUCGCGGUCAUGUUUGGCGAUUUGGGCCACGGAGCCAUAAUGGCUCUCUUCGGCCUCUGGAUGAUACGCAAGGAGAAGGGCUUGGCUGCACAGAAAACGGACAAUGAGAUAUGGAACAUUUUCUUUGCCGGUCGCUACAUCAUUUUCCUGAUGGGCGCCUUUUCCAUGUACACGGGCCUCAUCUACAAUGACAUUUUCUCCAAGUCGCUUAACAUAUUCGGCUCGCAUUGGCAUCUGUCGUACAAUAAGUCGACAGUUUGGAACAACAACUUUUUACAGCUGAGUCCAGCUACCAGUGAUUACGAGGGGACACCAUAUCCGUUUGGCUUGGAUCCCAUUUGGCAGGUGGCCACGUCGAAUAAGAUUGUCUUUCAAAAUGCCUACAAAAUGAAGAUCUCCAUUAUAUUCGGGGUGUUGCACAUGAUCUUUGGCGUCAUCAUGAGCUGGCACAAUCAUACAUAUUUCCGCAAUCGCCUGUCGCUGAUCUACGAGUUCAUUCCACAGCUGGUUUUCUUGCUGGUGCUCUUCUUCUACAUGGUGCUGCUUAUGUUUAUCAAAUGGAAUCGUUACGAGGCUACCAACGCAUUUCCCAUGACGGAGGCAUGUGCGCCUUCAAUUCUGAUUACAUUCAUCGAUAUGGUUCUGUUUAAGGAGUCCAAGCCGCCGGGAAAAGACUGCCACGUCUAUAUGUUUUGGGGUCAAUCAUUUUUCCAAACUGUUUUUGUAUUGAUCGCACUCGCCUGUAUUCCGGUCAUGCUGCUAGGCAAGCCCAUCAAGAUUAUGCAGGCGCGUAAGCUGGCCAACGAAGAGGUUCAGCCCAUAACUGGCGGCUCAUCUGAUGCUGAAGUCGGCGGCAUGCCGAAUGGUGGGGGCGGCGGACACCAUGACGAGGAGGAGAUGUCAGAGAUAUUCAUACACCAGGGUAUACACACGAUUGAAUAUGUACUGGGCUCCGUAUCCCACACUGCAUCGUAUUUGCGUUUGUGGGCUCUCUCCUUGGCUCAUGCCCAACUUGCCGAGGUCUUGUGGACAAUGGUGUUGUCUCUGGGCUUAAACAAGGAGGGCUGGCUCGGCGGCAUCUUUUUGACCGUUGUGUUCGCCUUCUGGGCUGUUUUGACCGUGGGCAUUUUAGUUUUAAUGGAGGGUCUUUCCGCAUUUCUACAUACGCUGCGUCUACACUGGGUGGAGUUCCAGAGCAAGUUCUAUAUGGGUCAGGGCUAUGCCUUUGCGCCCUUUUCGUUUGAUAGCAUCAUUGAAAAUGGUAGCGCAGCCGCCGGAGAAACCGAAUAGACGGUCGACGAGAUAUGAACAACAACCAAAGCAUGUAGAGAGUCUCAUCGCUUAUGCAGUUAAAUAAGUACAUAUAAUAUGCCAAUCUAAUGGAAUUUAAUAGAAAUCUGCUUAUUAAUCGUUCUAUUUAUAUAAUUAAUAAUCGUGAAUUUAUGCAACGUAUAGCCCUAUUACAUUGUCUAACGUUCUUCAUAGUC